GUCAUGUUCACGGGCGUCAUGUAAGCGCAGCCGUCGGCCAUCACACCGACCGAUUCGCAACCCUCCUCCCAGUUUAUCAAUAAAAGACCAGCGAUUUCAGUGUUGCAGCCCAGACAAGAUCACAACAGGGUCCAGAGAUGGCAUCAGUGAAGCUGGAAGACUGCAGUCAAACACUGGAACUCAAUGUGAUUGUCAAAGAGGAGGAGGAGGACAGAGAAAUCGAGGAGGAGGAGGAAGGUGGGGAGGAGGAGGAGGAGGAGGAAGAAGAGGAUGAGGAAGAUAAUGACAUUGACUCUGAUAUGGAAGAAGAGGAGGACCAGGGAGAAAGAGGUGCGGCUAACCCAGGGCUUGUUAUUGUUAAAAGAGAGGAGGAGAGGGACAGAGAGAAGAAGGAUGAAGAGGAGGAGGAAGGUGUGGAUAGGACCAAGCCAGGAGAGGGUGCCAGCUCUGACCCAGACAGCCUAGGGGACCCUGACACGGAGAGACCGUAUCUCUGCUCCCAGUGUGGCAAGAGGUUCACUGCAGCCAGCAGCUUGAAGAUACACAUGAUGACCCACAGCGGAGAGAAACCCCACCAGUGUUCCAUUUGCGGGAAGGCCUUCCUGCGAUCCUAUGACCUGAGACGACACCAGGUGGUUCACAAAGGAGAGGGUGCCAGCUCUGACACGGACAGCUCUGAGAAGCUGCACCGCUGCUCCGAGUGCGGAAAGAGGUUCCUCACAAAGACGCGGCUGAACAGACAUGCGUUGAUUCACAGCGGAGAGAAACCACAUCAGUGCUCUGUCUGUGGGAAGUGUUUCUUACGACCCGAUGACCUGAGGAGACACAUGACCAUCCACACCGGAGAGAAAACCAAGCACGUCUGCCAUCCGUGUGGGAAGACCUUCACCUUGCUAAGGCACCUCAAGAUCCACCAGCGAGUCCAUACAGGAGAGAAACCAUACCACUGCUCCAAGUGCCCGGAGAGUUUCGCCCAUCUGUUGGAGUAUAGGAAGCACAGACAGACCCACCGUAAGGAGAAACCAUACCACUGUGAUGACUGUGGCAAGAUGUUCUCCCACUUCAGAACCCUCAAGGUUCAUCGUCUGAUCCACACAGGUGAGAACCUCCACCACUGCUCCUACUGCGGGAAGGGCUUCACGAUCAGAGGGAACCUCAACACCCACCUACUGACCCACACUAAGGAGAAACCGCAUCAGUGCUCCAUCUGCGGACAAUGCUUCGCAAGAUCCCAGUGCUUGAAAAAACACAAGCUCAAGAAAUUACACAUGGAAAAGGUCCUCUACCACAUCUGCGACUGCGGUAAGAGCUUCACGGAUGUAGAGAAGCUGCAGACGCACGCAAGGACGCACUUGAAGAACCUUGAGAAGAGGUUCUGCUGCUCAUACUGCGGCCGGACGUUCGUACGGGCUGGUGACCUUCAAAGCCACCAGAGAACACACACUGGAGAGAAACCGUACGUCUGCACUAUAUGCGGGACCCGUUUCGCCCAGUCUGGGAACCUGAGAGUGCACCAGAUCACGCACACUAAAGCGAGGCCGUACCCUUGUACUGUCUGUGAUAAGGGGUUCACCACACCGGGGAGUCUGAAGGUGCACAUGAGGCUCCAUACAGGGGAGAAGCCGUAUGUCUGUAGCCUGUGUGGGAAAGGGUUCCAUGUACCCAAAUUGCUGAAGAAACACCAGGAGCAUCACACAAGCGAGAUGACAGCCUCCUUGGACAUGACAUACUGUGGCACCAUGUCUGAUCCGGAAUCCCCGGAUUCUAGGGAUCCAGUCCCGAGAAGCUCCCUGCGAGGUCCAGAGAUGGCGUCAGGGAAGCUGGAGGACUGCAGUCAAACACUGGAACUCAGUGUGGCUGUCAAAGAUGAUGAUGGUAAUGACGAGGAGGAGGCUGAUGAAGAGGAUAGCGAUGCUGUAGACUAUGGGCAUAACGUUGUGAAAGUGGACAUGGAUGAGGAGGAAGGAGAAGCAGUGAAGUCGGGGCAUUCUAUUAAAAGAGAUGCAGAGGAGGAGGGAGGUGGCGGGGAUGAGACCAACUCAGAAACAGGAGGGGGCGCCAACUCGGACACAGACAGUUUCGAUGGGGAGAAUGAACAGAGUUCGAACGCUCAGAGUGCAGUGGAGAAGCUACACCCCUGCUCCCAGUGUGGCAAGACCUUCAUCACCGUGGGGAGCCUGAAGAGGCACACACAGACCCACAGCGGAGAGAAACCCCAUCAGUGCUCCGUCUGCGGGAAAUGUUUCUCACGCUCAGACGACAUGAAGAGACACCUCACCAUCCACACAGGAGAGAGGGUGAGCCACGUCUGUCACCAGUGUGGGAAGACUUUCACCAGUCUGGGAGGGCUGAAGAAACACCAGAUGACCCACACAGGAGAGAAGCCGUUCCAGUGUUCAGAGUGUGGGAAAGGUUUCACUGCGCAGGGUAACCUCAAGAUCCACCAGCGUAUCCACACAGGGGAGAAACCGUACCAGUGCUCCCAGUGUCAGAAAAGCUUCUCCCGGCUGGCCCACUAUAAAGAUCACCAGCAGACUCACCGGGAGGAGAAACCGUACCACUGCAAUGACUGUGGGAAAAGCUUCUCCUACUUCAAGUCGCUCAAGUGCCACCAGAUGAUCCAUAAAGGGGAGAACCUACACCACUGCUCUGUAUGCGGUAAAGGGUUCGCCAUUCGCGGCAACCUGAAGACCCAUCUGCAGACACACACGAAGGAGAAACCACACCAAUGCUCCGAGUGCGGGAAACAGUUCUCCCGAGCCCACGACCUGAAGAAACACAAGCUGCUCCACACAGGGCAGAAGACCUACCACAUUUGCCAGUGUGGCAAGAGCUUCACAGAGCUGGGGAACCUGCGGACCCACCAGAGAACCCACACCGGAGAGAAACCAUUCUGCUGUUCCUUCUGCGGCCGAACCUUCUUGCGCGCUGGAGACCUGAAGAGCCACCAGCGGACACACACCGGAGAGAAACCAUUCAUCUGUGCCAUAUGUGGGACCAGUUUCGCCCAAUCUGGCAACCUGAAAGUGCAUCAGAUCACACACACUAAAGAGAGGCCGUACCCUUGUACUGUCUGUGAUAAGGGGUUCACCACACCGGGGAGUCUGAAGCUACACAUGAGGACACAUACAGGGGAGCGGCCGUUCCUGUGUAGCGCGUGUGGGAAAGGGUUCACGGCGUCAGGGCAGCUGAAAAGGCACCAAGAGUGUCACAUGAGAGACACUGUCCAAUCAUCUCCUGGUGAAGACACGGGGGUGGCUUCAAAAUAAAUGUCCUCUCUAAGAGGACUACAAAAUAAGAGCACUGGAAAUGUGCCAUUGUGUGUCUGAACCGUGAUCAUGAUGGGAGGUUUUACUGCUUCAUGAUGUCCCUAAUGGGACACCAUUCUCUAUGGGCUCUGGUCAAAUGGGACACCAUUCCCUAUGGGCUCUGGUCAAAUGGGACACCAUUCCCUAUGGGCUCUGGUCAAAUGGGACACCAUUCACUAUGGGCUCUGGUCAAAUGGGACACCAUUCACUAUGGGCUCUGGUCAAAUGGGACACCAUUCACUAUGGGCUCUGGUCAAAUGGGACACCAUUCCCUAUGGGCUCUGGUCAAAUGGGACACCAUUCACUAUGGGCUCUGGUCAAAUGGGACACCAUUCACUAUGGGCUCUGGUCAAAUGGGACACCAUUCACUAUGGGCUCUAGUUAAAAGGACUGCAUUAUAAAGGGAGUAGGGUACCAUUCAGGACCGACACUAUUUCUCCCUUUUGCAGAACAUCAGUUGUUUACUCUGAGUUCAAAUAUGAGGUUUUAAAGUAUCAGAGAAUGUGAUGUUUGACAAAAAAUUGUAUUGAGUCCUGAAUGACACCCAAUUUAGUGCACUACGUUUGACCAGGGCCCAUAGGGUUCUGGCCAAAAGUAGUGCACUAUAUAGGGAAUAGGGUGCCAUUUGGGACCGUAUGUGAAUAUGGAGGUAGUGAUGGUCUUAAUGGUAAAAGAUCUGUCAUGUCAUCUAUCCAUUAGAAUGUACACGAUCUGAUAUUGAUCAUAUAAUAUGAUUCCCAAAUGGCACCCUGAUUCCCUAUAUAGUGCACUAAUGUUGAUCAGAGCCUAAAGUAGUGCACUAUAUAGGGAAUAGGGUGCCAUUAGGGACGUAAACAGAGUGUAUACUGCAGUAGUAAUGAACACAUUCUCUGGUAAAACACAGUUUACAUCUUUGUCUCUUUAUUAUGAGUAUUGGAUCUGAUUUUAAUAAAUAACAUUAAAGUAUA